AUGGAUGCUUCUCAAUUUGAUUCGUGGGGACGAAGCAGCCCCUACGAUGACGACCACGAUGAGUGGCGGGAGGAAACAAUGCAGCAGCUUCAAGAAGAAGAGGAAGAGCGCAAGCGUCGACGCAAACGCCGCCGUGUCCUGUGCCUCAUGUGCAUUGGCAUGAUUGCCGUAACGGCUGCCAUCUGCAUUCCCCUUUUGGUCAUGCCACCUCGCCCGAAGAACGAAACCCCUGGUGCCGCGCAGGAUGAUGGCGGCAGCGCCUGCACACCGUCAUGCGACGAGGACAUUCACUACUGCGUCGGCACGGCUGCCGGUCACAUGUCUUCCAUGGAAUUCAGCUCUUGCAUCGUGUCAACCAGCCAUCACUCACGCCGUGGGCUUGUGGCUCUGGGAAGUUGCAUGUCCAAAUGCAAUCCGACCACAUGCACACUCAACGGGACACUGACAACCCUUCAUCACCUGCAAUGCUGGGAGGACUGUGCGUUUGCCGCCGCUGAUGUGAACUGCAGCGACGUUCCAAACCGGAAGCUGGGCAAGCAAGCCUCAACGGUGCUGUUCACAGGCGAAUCUUACACACCAGGUCCAACCACGUCGACAGAAACGCCAGCAACGGUGGCCAGCACCAGCAGCACCAGCAGUACCAGCACUUUCACUUCCUCCAGCACGAGCACAAGUACGGAGCCAACGAGCACAAUGACAACUGCGACAACGACGACAACGCCAUCGACAGUUGAUCAUGGUGCCGCCAACGACACCGGCAGUCAUGGCGAUGCUGAUGACAAGUACAACAACAGCAACGACAAUGAUGACAAUGACGACAGCAACAGCAGCUACAACAACGACUGUGAUGACAACGACAGCAACAGCAGCAACAACAACGACAAUGGUGACAACGACAGCAACAACAACGAUGACCACAGCAACAACAACGACAAUGGUGACAACGACAGCAACAACAACAACGAUGGCAACGACAGCAGCAACAACGACAAUGGUGACAACGACAACACCAAUGAUGACAACGACAGCAACACUGAAAGCAGCUAA